CUUUGCGCGGUUUAGUUGAUAAAAUCGACCUUCCCACUGAGGAUAUGUCCCAUUAUUCUCUAAUAGUCGCUUUAGAGCCGAAAUAAUGCACGAAGGAAAUCGCUUAGUUGAUUCUCAGGCGUUACUGACCUCCUAGGAUCGAUCACAUUUUCUUAUCUCCAACUAUUCGGGUGUAUUAUUUGAAAAUUACUGUGUUAAUCUCGCGUUAUCAUUAAGCCAUUAGCAGGCGUUCAUACCUACAGUGCCAUGAACGCGGAGUAGCCUAAGAGCCUCACUGAGUGAAUGUGCCAUAGGAUUGAGCGAACAUGAAGGGAGCAGCAGUGGGGCUGAAACGAGAGCUGGGCCUCUUUUCGGCCAUCAACCUCAUCCUGGCCGUGAUGAUCGGGUCGGGAAUCUUCGUAUCUCCAGCCUCCGCACUGAAAUACAGCGGCUCAGUUGGGAUGUGCCUGGUUGUUUGGGCCAUUUGCGGAGUGAUCUCGCUUUUAGGUGCUCUGGCUUUUGCCGAGCUCAGCACUGUGGUGCCGCGAUCCGGAGCUGAGUACGCCUACUUUAUGGACUCCUUCACGCCGCUCCACCCAUUUUGGGGCCCUCUGCCGGCCUUUCUCUACUCCUGGCUCAUGGUGAUCAUAAUCCGGCCGGCUGAGGUGGCUGUGAUAGUGCUAACUUUUUCCGAGUACUUGUGCCAGCCGGUGAUGGACGCGCUUUGCAUUGCAGACCCGCAAGGCGUCCAGCAAGUGAAGAAGGCCGUCGCCCUAGCUGGACUUGGAAUCAUCACCUACAUUAACUCCAGAAGUGUGCGACUUUACGUUAAAGUCCAGAACAUCUUCGGGUCGUUUAAGGUGCUGGCCUGCCUGGUGGUGAUCGCUUGCGGCGUCUACGAACUGUCCAUCGGCAACACUGCCAAUCUAGCCCAGGGCUUCGCAGGCACCAGCGCGAGCCCCAAAAACAUCGCCCUUUCCUUCUACAGCGGCCUGUGGGCGUAUGAUGGAUGGUCGGCGGUAAGCACAGUAACCGAGGAAAUCAAGCAGCCUGAACGGAACAUCCCCAAAAGUAUCAUGAUCAGCGUGCCCAUAGUGACCGCUCUUUACGUGUGCAUGAACAUCGCCUACAUGUCGGUGCUUAGCGUGCCGGAGAUGGUGGGCUCCCAAGCAGUGGCAGUCACCUUUGGGGAGCGCAUUCUCGGGCCCUUCGCCUUCAUCAUCCCCCUAGGGGUGGCCCUGAGCACCUUCGGGUGCGCCUUGAGCGUGCAGUUCGGCGUCACCAGACUGUGCUACGUGUCUGGACAGGACGGGUUUAUGCUGCAGGGCUUUUCGUUCGUGCACCAUAAAAGACACACGCCGGCGCCUGCCGUGGCUUUCCAGGGCUUGGUGGCCUUCAUUUUUAUUGCCAGCGGUGAUAUUGUGCGGCUCAUCGAAUUUGCCAGUUUUAUGAUUUGGGUCUCCUACGGCACCGCCAUGGUUUCCCUCCUAGUCCUGCGGAGGACCCGCAGCCAAGUGCCCAGACCUUACAAGGUCCCAACCUGGAUCCCCAUUUUCAUCUGCCUGGUGGCGGUGUUUCUGAGCGUCACCCCUAUAGUGACUGAUCCAGACCCCAUGUACCUAUUUGCGCUAGGAUUUGCCCUGUUGGGCGUCCCAGUCUAUUACUGCUGCUGCUACAAGAAGACCCUCCAACCCAAGGCCUGUCUGAAUCGCCUCACUUACUGCUUGCAAGUCUUAUUCGAGGCGGUGCCCCCCGACGCCCCAGAGCCUUAGCAACUCCCCCCUUGGUUCUCUAUAAUAAAAUCCCUAGGAAAUACAUUAGUGGCUAGAAAAAUACGCGCAAAGAUCAA